CGAUGGGCAGCAUGGCUGCCCAUCCAGGGCCGUCCGAGUAGCAAUGCAUCCACAUAUAUGAACCAAUCAUGCAUGCCAUCCGUGUAUGAUGAAAUGCGUGUGCAUGGACUGACUCGCCCCCAUGAUGGCCAACAUGAAUGGAUUGCGGGGCCCCGUACGGUGACCUUUACGGAAUGUGUGCACUCUACCUCACGUCAACCACGAGAGGUAGGAGUUCACAUCCGUGAGAGGACAUCGUCACCGCGGACCGGCACAUCUUCACUGGUAUGUGAGCAUGAGCACACACUCGUCACCCUGCGUCCUUGUCAUGCUUGGUUUUUCUAUGCCACAGUGUGUCGUGUCCAGCAACACUCUCACAUCCAAACAAGGCACUGUGGCCUACCUAGCGCGGUGGGGGAGGACACAUGCCAUCACCACCUACCCUCUGACGGGGGAGAUCUGUUCGGAUCAUGUUGUGUUCACCUGUUUUCAGCGUACCUGUGUUGACGUCAACCCAGUCGGUCGAUGGCCUCUUCCUGAGGACUUCCACCAUACGACUGACUGGUACGUGUGCUGCCUACCACUGCUGUAUCGGUUUUGGCAUGUAUUCGCUGCCUCCAUGCUGGUGUAUGCAAACUAACCAACCCGUGUGUCGAGUGCUGUCUGGCGUGUCCCGCGAUGGAGCGCAGACCAACCACCUGACAACUGGUACACACCACACCAGUCAUCCCACCUACCUAUCACACUUACUCGUGCACCACACGCACCCUGGCUGUCUGCUCAUGUCUCUGUGUUGUGUUGUGGUGUGGUGUGACAUCAGGGUGGGUGUCGUGUCACUUGAGUGGGCCAACCCACACGUGGGCUGCGUGUGGCCCCUGCUCGCAUAGGGUACGUCACACCACCACACCUCACCCAUCACACACACACAUAUUGGGGUACAUGGGUGUGGACGGUUGGUUUGGUUGUGUGCGCGGUGUGCGGUGUGUGGUGUGGAUGUGUGGUGUGGUGCGCAGGCGUGUCUGUUUGGUUUCGUACGGACCGUGCGUGUGGUGUGAUCGUUAACGUCAACAACACCUCCCCCGACGUUCUCUCGUCAUCACUCUCUCCAUUGCCGGCAUCUCACCAACACACCAGACGCGGAAACGCAACGUGACGCUGCCCAAAUACCUCGACUUCCGCGACUGACAGACGAUGUUGUGAAGACACGACACAAAAGCAGAGAGAGCUGGAACGAUGUGAAGGAAUGCGGUGGAGAGACGCCAGAUCACUAUGGAGAAGGCGGCAGAAGUCGAAGAGACGGCUUCGUAGUGCCCUUUCUCGCCGUUGGUUUCUGCCUCUGCCUGCAACAGCGUGGUGGUGGUGGUUAAGGGUAAGAUUGUCCGUGUGUCCAUGCGCUGGGACGGUCGAUUACAUGUUCGCAUCUAAACUAUUGACAGCAAC